AGCAUGAACUUCAGCGUGAGGAAAAAGAAGCUUCUUUGACGUCAGCCACGCUAGAUUUCAGCAAUCCAAGAUGGCGGAGGUGAGCGGGUUGAGGAGCAGAAAUCACUUCGAACCCAACUGCAAAAGCCGAGUCGUUGACGAAGGCUUGAGUGGUGUGGAGGAUGUCCCCAUUUUUCGGCAUAAAUCAAAGCCUCCUUUAGCCAAGCCUGAAGACCUGGAUGAUGAAUUGCUUCCCAGGACCAUGGCCUCAAACUCGGGCAAAAAUGCCAGCCUCACCCCCUCACCAGAUGAAGGGAUUCACGAAGAGGAGGCAGUGAUAGAGGAAGAAAAAGCCAGGCCCAUCCAGAUUGUCCUGGCCAAUGAGGAUGAGCACAGCUUCGAGCUGGACGCCGCAGCGCUGGAGAAGAUCCUGCUGCAAGAUCAUGUGAAGGACCUGAAUGUGGUCGUGGUGUCUGUGGCCGGGGCUUUCCGCAAGGGCAAGUCCUUCCUGCUGGAUUUCAUGCUGCGAUACAUGCACAAUCAGCAGAGUGAGCCGUGGAUUGGAGGUGAUGAUGAGCCCCUGACGGGGUUCACCUGGAGAGGAGGCUGCGAGAGGGAGACCACAGGAAUUCAGAUCUGGAGUGAGGUGUUUGUGGUCGACAAGCCAGAUGGCAGCAAGGUAGCAGUACUUCUUGUUGACACUCAGGGAGCGUUUGACAGCCAGUCCACCAUUAAGGACUGUGCUACUGUGUUUGCCCUUAGCACAAUGACCAGCUCUGUACAGGUGUACAAUCUCUCCCAGAACAUCCAGGAGGAUGAUCUGCAGCAUCUGCAGCUCUUCACAGAAUAUGGUCGGCUGGCAAUGGAAGAGAUCUACCUGAAACCUUUUCAGUCCCUGAUGUUCCUGAUUCGGGACUGGAGUUAUCCUUAUGAACAUGACUAUGGCCUGGAAGGAGGCAACACCUUUCUGGAGAGAAGACUACAGGUAAAACAGAACCAACAUGAAGAAUUGCAAAAUGUGAGGAAGCACAUCCACUCCUGCUUCUCAAACAUCGGCUGCUUCCUGCUGCCUCAUCCCGGCCUCAAGGUCGCCACCAACCCGUACUUUGACGGCAGGCUGAGAGACAUCGAUGGUGAUUUUAAGAGGGAGCUGGCCAAGCUGGUGCCUCUCCUCCUGGCCCCAGAUCGACUGGUAGAGAAGGAGAUCGGAGGCAACAAAGUCACCUGCAGAGAUCUCCUGGAGUAUUUCAAGGCUUACAUAAAGAUCUACCAAGGUGAGGAGCUGCCUCACCCGAAGUCCAUGCUGCAGGCAACAGCAGAGGCCAAUAACUUGACUGCUGUGGCAGGAGCCAAAGACAUGUACAGCAAGAGCAUGGAGCAGGUCUGCGGCGGGGACAAGCCAUACAUCGCCCCGGCUGACCUGGAGCGUUGCCACGGGGAGUUUCGCGAGCACUCGGUGCGUUACUUCCGCUCUGUGAAGAAAAUGGGCGGCGAGGAAUUCUGCCAGCGCUACCAGAACCAGCUGGAGUCCGAGCUGGACGAAGCCUUCACCAACUUCUCCAAACACAACGACGGCAAAAACAUCUUCUAUGCAGCACGCACACCCGCCACGCUGUUUGCGGUCAUGUUCGUGACCUACGUGGUGUCUGGGGUGACAGGCUUCAUCGGUCUUAGCACCUUAGCAGUGCUGGCUAACCUGGUCAUGGGCGUGGCGCUGCUGUCCCUCUGCGCCUGGGCGUACGUGAAGUAUUCUGGAGAGUUUCGGGAGGUGGGAACGAUGAUCGAUCUGGUGGCUGAGACACUGUGGGAACAGGUUUUGAAGCCGCUAAGUGAACAUUAUAUGGAAGACAACGUCAGACAGACGGUGGUUAACUCUAUCAAAGCCAGCCUGACAGAACAGGGCUCGCAGCACACCAAGUUAAAGACUCACUGACGCUCUUCCUCCUCCUCUUUCUCCCUCGUCAUGUUCAUUACCCGCCCCCCACCCCUACCCCCGCCCACUCGCUCAAUGUGUUCAGUCCUAGAACUGUGGAACUAGUUCAACACCAAAGCUGCCCCUCUUACCCCCCCCACAAUCAUCACAUCACUGACCCGUCUUUUCAUGAGCAGCGUGGACCUGUAGGCUCGCCGUCUGUCCUGUUCUUCAUCGCCCCCCAGUGCCUCAGAGCAGAAACUCCAUGUUCAUGAGAGGACUGAGCAGAGAAGCCGGCAGCGUCGCCUCUUGCCAAAACAGGACCUGAAGGAAGGUCAUCUUUCUCCUGUGUGCCACGCUGUGAUAGAUGUUUUAAUGCGCACUGUAGGCUGACACAAACACAUACACACUUACACACACAGGUUUGCUGGUACCGGACUGCACUUCAGGACUGAGCUGUAAUUCAGGGAAAACUGACACCGCUGUGGGCAGCUGUUAUCAACAGUGGAUGCAAACUGAAACACUUUUCUGUGCAUUUAAUCGAUUUGUCUUACAGGCUGGACAGUUCCGAGCUCAGCUUACUUUCUCUUCAGCCUGUUGAGUAACGUUUCCUACAAGCACAAGUGACUAAUCGACUGAGAAAACUAAUACUGAGGUGAUGUUUUCUUUCUAUCUUCUAUCUUUUUUUUUUUUUUUCUUUUUUUUUUGUUAAUUCAGUAAAAUCAGGAAACUUAUUUUAUUAAUUCUACUGAAGUGAAAGUAAAUUGACUGUUCUGGUCAUGGACAGGCUGGACAGGCUAAUUUAACUGUUAAAUUUCCAGCCUGCUCUGUUCUGCUAAAUUGAUCUCUCCUUCUAUAAAUCUGACAAGAAGAGAUGAGUGCAGGAAAUCAAGUAAAACUUGUUUGUUUGUUUUUUCUGAUAUACUAGUAGUUCACUUGCCUGCCUCCAUUCAUUCAGUUUUUUCACACUAAAUUUGGAAGGUGCGUUAACCAGGUAACAUUUGUCAUAAUCAAACUGGGCUCAGGUUGCUUCUAGAUAAACCCUCUGUACACAUCUGUCUUUCCCUUUAAUACUUUGUGAUUGUGAGAAGAGAACUGUAGAAAGCCUCAGGCCGCUCAGAUUAUUAUUAUUAUUAUUAUUUUUUGGUCUGUUGUUAUUUUCAAACUGACGUGUUUUAUCUGGCCUUUAGUGUCUUUGUGCCAGUGUUUGGCCCUCUGCAUGGUGUUAAGAGCUACUGUAGCAUCUAGCUAACUAAGAGCUUUUAGAGCACAGCUAAAGUCGUUUAGCCAGGGAGGGUUGACAUUUUGAACCAUUUUCUCUUCCACUGCCUUUCAUUAAAUCACACUAGCAUCACAUUUUUAGGACCUGCAGACUGUAUGUUUGAGUCAUGUUUUUAGGGUAUUUUGGGGAGAUGUAGAUCUUUCAUAGCUCAAACCCCAAUUAAAGGAAUACAAGACAUUUAUUCACUUUCUUGGCAAGAGUUAAAUAAGAGGAUUGAUGCUACUCAUGUCUGUAUGAUGAAUAUGAAGCUACAGCCAGUUAGCUUAGCUUAGCAUAAAGGGUGGAAACAGGGAAACAGCUAGCUUGGCUCUGUAAAAAUGUAAAAAGAAAUCAAAUACAAAUAUGCCUACCAGCUAAGUAGCAUUUUUUUUUAUCUUGCUUGUUUAAUUUAAACAAAAUCAUGCAGAGUCAUAGGUUUUUUCUUACACUUUAAUCAAUCAAGAUAAAAGGUGCUAAUUAGGCUUUAAAGGUGCUGGUAGGCAUACCUUACAUUUGACAGAGCUAGGCUAGCUGUUUCUCUGUGUUUCCAGUCUUAAUGCUAAGCUAGGCUAACUGGCUGCCCACUGCAGCGUUAUAUUUAAACUGACAGACAUGCCAAGCGUAUUUCCCAAAAUGUUAAACUGUUCCUUUAACAGACAAUCGAUUAUUUUAUCCGCACAUUUUUUUUCCUUUCUCUGAAAAUAAAUCAAAAUCACUGGACUCUUAUCCUUCUCUCCAGUGAAGCAUAGGAUUAUGUAGUCCUCCAUCAGAGCUGAGUCUCCCAAAAGCAGCUUGAUAAAAUGUGAUUCCUCCACAACAGGAACCUGACUUGAUGAAGAAACCUGCCCCUUUAUUUUUUUUAACUUUAGCUAACACAUUAACAGCUGCAUCACAUCUGUCUGAGCUCUUUUGCAUUGAUUCCAUCCACAGUAUUUCUCACCUCAAGCACCAGUCUCGUACUGUACAGUCUCUCUUUUUCUGUGUUCACAUAUUACAGAAUCGGGCAUGUAUGUUGGAUUAAAUAUUUAAAUAAACUUUGUAUACAUUUUAUAGUGAAUCAGUUGACAGUGGCUGUUUUCUUUCUUUUCUUGAUCAACUUAACAGUCUGGUUUGUUAAAGAAUGAUAAGUUGCUGCUAUAGGGUUUACAUCAGUUUUCUCAUUUUCAUGAGGAUGGAUGUUAAUAAAAACGUGUGAAUAUUUGGAUUCUGAUAGGAAGCUGUUUUGAUUGUGACGAGUGGGUUGGAGACGAUGUCUGUCUGCCUUUUAAAGAUAUCUCUGGUAAUUUAUUUUUGAAUAAAAUGUUUACCUUAAGAAUAAAUCAUCAAUAUAA